GUAAUGAAAACCAUCGUGACCUCCAUUGGAAGAAUCUGCUGCUAGGGCUAAUUAUGGCUGACAUUGUGUUUGGUGUUUUCAUUGCCUUGUUUUCAUAGCGAUACCGUAUUACUAGAAUAUUUUGCGAGUGAAAAACCUUUGCGAAUGAGCCAAAUCAGCAGAAAAUUUGACCCUUUGCGAUCUAACUAUUGCGUUCUGGAAAGGAUCAUGUGUAUUUACUAGUAGGUUUUGCGGAUUUAAUUGUUGCGAAUUGAUCAACCCUCACAAAGUUUGCAAAUGUUUGAUGCUCGCAAAACAUUCUAGUAAUACGGGUAAGCGUGUAAUAGAAGCCACAUACAGUCCCUUCUGCGUUCUACUUUUUUUAUCACACGGUCGCGUAGCCUCUGGUGAGGGGUCAUUGUGAUAUAACAUGUGAAUUGUGUACAGGCAGCACGCUACAACACUCGGUCUCAUGCUACAUCUAUUACGUUAUGUUGGAAUCUCAGUCAUGUUUCUAUUCUUGGAAUGCACGACUGUUUACAUGAAUAUUGCUAGACUCGUUAAAUAGACUAGUUGCAUGAAGCUUGUGCAAUACCAUAAUUAGUUUCGUGUAAACUGUGAAUUUAUUUGCACUUGCUUAGCUGGCUAAGUAAGCUGACUAACUACAUUGCUGUGUUUUAGGUCAGUAUAUAAGAAAGUACACCAUGCAAUUGCACAUUUUAUUUUCAAGACGAGACCUUCUGUAUAAUUAUAUAGUUGUAAUAAUUAUGGCAACAAAAGAAGCUUCAAAUAAAUUCACUUGUCUAGUGAAUUUUGUCAACGAAUUUGAUGCUUCUAAAAAAAAGGUUGUCCUCUUAUUUAAUGAAAGACGGAAGACAUUUUCUAGAGACGUAUUUUCAAAAAUUCUUUGGCCUCACUUUAAUCAGUUGAUGGAAAUGUUGGAAAUAUUCAUCAAAGAUCUACUGAAAGAAACCGUAGAAAUUGUGUUUAAAGAGCUUCUGGCUUCAUCAACAUCCAAAGAAACUAACAAACUAACUCCCCAUCUUCAAGAAGUUGUGGCACACUCUCUACUACACCACUCCUCCAAAGAUGAUAAAAAGGCAGCCUUUGAAAUGAGCUCGUACCUCCUACCUCACCCAGAGCUUUGGAGGGACAGUUUCGAUAGCUACAAGCAGUAUCUAUUGGCCAAAUGUGAUGAGGUUGUCCCCGUGUUCGAUGGAGCCAAUGGCAUCGAUGAGACAUUCAAGGAAAUCUUUGAAUCUACUGGUACUACACUCAGCCUUUCUAGUGCUGUGAUUCCAAUCAAAGCAUCGUAUUGUUAUAAAGAAUAUCAAGUGACUGAUCUCGUUCUCUCCUCAGUUGAUGGUCUAUCAACUAUCUUACAUCUCUAUCAUGGAAUACACUGUGUUGUAACUAAGAAAAGCCUCAACUACUUUUCAAGCAUCGAUUGCAAACUAUUUCAAGAUCCGCAAAAAGUACACUUCCAAAAAUUGCUAGGAGAAGUCCCGGGAGAUUAUCUAGAAUACUUUUACAGAUGUGUAACAAGCCAUCCGGACGAUCCGUAUCUUUAUUUCGAACAGUGUAAAAAUUUGAUGUACUUUUUGUGGAGCUUAACACACUCUUUAUGUGAUGCAGUCUCGACGUUUAUGAAGGAUCAUUUUGAUAUUGAACUCUAGAAACUUGUUAGUUUUCAGUGUGUGUGUGUACUGCUGUUGUUUGACGUAAAUACUGAUAAUAUUUUCUUCCUGUUGUUUUUGUCUGUCAGAGUACUGUAACACCAUUGAAAUUAUUAUACCAUCCCAUAAUUAA